UGUUAUGAACAAGUCCCCAUAUUAAUGGUCGAUUUUCCCUAAAUUAUUCAAUGGCUAUGGCAUCUGGAUCAUCAAAAGUAUUCCCACAUGGCAAUUCUCUACGGCAUCUAGACGAAUUUGAACAAAGAGAUGGCAGCUACGGCGUCAUUUAGGUGGAUAUUGCGGCUGCACAAGGACGUACCGAAAGCUGCUCGGUUCUAUGCGCAAGGCUUGGACUUCACUGUCGAUGUCUGUACUCUUCGCUGGGCGGAGCUGAAAUCCGGCCCACUCAAACUAGCUCUCAUGCAAUCCCCCAAUGAUCAUGUAAUGCAGAAGGGAAUGGGAAACUCUUCACUUCUGUCUUUCACGGUGACCGACAUUAAUCAAUCAGUGACGAAAUUAAUGGCAUUAGGCGCUGAACUAGAUGGUCCUAUCAAGUACGAAAUCCAUGGCAAGGUUGCGUCGAUGCGCUGUAUUGACGGGCACAUGUUAGGCCUCUACGAACCUGCCUAGGAGCUUCAUGUCUGAUUUAUGCAACUAGAUGUAGGUAGGCUGCUUGAAGCUUUUGUUAUGGCAUCUUGAAAUCUUCCGUACACG